AGUCCAUUGUCAUCGGGAUCGUUACCCACGGAGGAGAGAGCGCACCAAGGCUGGCCUGCCGGCCGCCGCCGCCGCCGCCGCAGCAAAGGUUGCACUGUGAGGCAACAGUCUGCGCGGCUGGUCAUGGUGAUUGGCCGUGGAGGCGACGCCCCUUCCCCUGCGGCCCUCUCCCGCUUAAUCGCUCGAGGAGAGCCGCGUCUCAACUGAAAUUCAGCGCUGCCUGUGCGUCCUCCUGCCACGUCCUGACCACGCCGCUUCCGAAAUGGCCAAGGUACCCGGGCAGUCAUCGGAGAACAGUAUCGAGGGGUACUCGUAUGAGCACAUCGAAAGUAUCGCCAAUUUCCUGCUGAGCAAGACGGAGCACCGACCAACCGUAGGAAUCAUAUGCGGCUCUGGCUUGGGUUCUCUGGCUGAUCUUAUUGGAGGCAGUAAAGAGUUCCAGUACAAGGACAUUCCAGAUUUCCCUGUCAGCACAGUUCCCGGCCACAGCGGGAAGCUUGUUUUGGGCAAACUGGAAGGAAAGACUGUGAUUUGUAUGCAAGGACGCUUUCAUCCUUACGAAGGCUAUCCACUAUGGAAGUGUGCUAUGCCAGUAAGGUUGAUGAAACUGCUUGGAGUAAAGACUCUUAUUGUCACCAACGCCGCUGGUGGGGUAAACCCAAAUUUUAAAGCUGGUGAUAUCAUGAUCAUCCGGGACCACAUAAAUUUCCCUGGCCUCGGCGGCGACAAUCCUCUGAGAGGUCGCAAUGACGAAAGGUGGGGACCUCGCUUUCCGGCCAUGAGCAACGCCUACGAUAGGGAUCUUCGGGAGUUGGCCAAGAAAAUUGCCAACGAAGAGCUUUCGCUCUGGCCUUUUCUCCGCGAAGGCGUCUACUGCAUGCUUGGAGGACCAAACUUCGAGUCUGUUGCCGAGAUAAACAUGCUCCGAGUGCUCGGCGCCGACGCUUGUGGCAUGAGCACGGCACACGAGGUCAUCGUGGCGAGACAUUGUGGCCUUCGUGUCUUCGGGCUGUCGCUCAUCAGCAACGUGUGCAUAAGCAACUACGAUACGUACCAAGUGGCCAACCACGAAGAGGUCCUCGAAACCGGCCAGAAACGCAAGAAAGACCUCGAGAAGCUCGUCAGGGCUCUCAUCAAGAAGAUGGACGCCUGAAACACUGCGCUGUUCUCCGUCUCCCAUUCCCGGGCAGUGUAUUAGACAUGCACCAGAAAACGCGUCACAGAAACGAGCACUAAUCGUAAGGGCCGCGACACCUAUUUAGGUACAUAUGAAGGCUGAUGUGAAGAUGGAAGCAAAAGCAUACUUAAUGGCCUCAGUUCGUAUGCUCUACCUUCCACUUCUUACUAGCCGCAACGCGAGUCGGCGUACUGUUGCGUAGGUCUUCGUAGCGGAAUGAAGUGGUGGCACUAUGCUCUUCAUGCUCUAUCUCACAAGUCGUUUGCAGCACUGCCAGAAGGUACGAGGCGUGCACAGGCAACAUCCUUGCGCAGUGGAAUAUAGUUUCGGGCGUAAUUGUUUGAUUACUGGUGGGAUUAGUUUAAUUUUGCUUGGUACACGACACGUUACGGCGAUACGUGGCAUGUUAGCACCUUUGCACAUGCGCGUCGUAACCGCGAGUUACUGUGGCGGUGAGCAGAUGACCAGGCCCGGAUGAACACAUUUCGAGGGGCAGUCGGCCUUUCUAUUGGCAAAGGAGUACUGCAGCUUCCGCAGUGCUGCAAACGACUUGUGAGAUGGAAUAUAGUAGUGGCUUAAAGCGGUCGCUACACAACUCUCGGAGUCCGCCACGCAAACCCGUAAUGUGACAGGCCCAGCGUCCAAGAGGCGCUCCAGAUGAGAGCGUUAAAGCGCAGCCACCUUCUCUCCGAGAUUGGGGCGUGCAGUUAAUUUUAUGUCUGUCGCGUGAAGUUAAUACAUAUAUUGCCGUUAUCCAGGAAUAAAACACUUUCAGGAAACUUUAUUUCAUACACAUGUAUACUUUCAGGCGUGGCGUGAGCAUGUUCAUACAAUUUUGUGGAAUGCAUUUCACACAUUACGUUUUAAUUUUGAAUGUAGACCCAAGCACCACGCGUUAGUAUUUUAUUCUAUUUUGGGUUCUUAGUUCCUUCCUUAAUCACAACGUUGGCGCUGCUGAAGUCAUUGCGACACUACGUUGCCGCAUGGCGUUAUUUGUUAGGGUGUAUAUAGAACAAUUGUGCGAAUACUUCCCGAGAUCUUGGACAGGCGAAUGGUGGGCCAAUAAGCAAAUGUGGAUGUGUGAUGUACCGGUGCUGCAAUACAAGAUAAAGCAUUCU